ACUUCAACACCAACAACUUUAGACACCAAACACUUCCUUUCUCUCUUUCCCUUCUUCCAUUUGCAGUUCCAGCUUUUCCCUCUGAAACAAAUCAACAUGCUUGAUCCUCAAACAAACGACCACCCUAUUCUUUUUAACCCGGAAAACACGAGUUACGAUACUUGGCAACCUAUCAACUACUCUUCCCGCGCUCAGAAAACAGCUCAAAACUACAAGAGCUGGAAGAGCAUGGGAGCUCUCCGAUUAAAUGCCGCCGAGGAGGAGUCCCCCUCCGGCGUUUGCUCCCCUCCUCUGUGGAAGACCACCACCACCACCAACCCCCCGCAAAGCCCGACUCGGCUUGUGAACAACUACCGGAGUCUUUCGCCGGCUUCUCGGACACAGGCCAUUGCCAGAGGACAGAGGGAGCUGAUGGAGAUGGUGCGCAACAUGCCCGAAUCGUGUUACGAGCUUUCGCUCAAGGAUCUUGUGGAGAGGCCGAGAAUGUUAGAGGUGGAUGAAGAUAAUGCCAGCACUGAUGGUUUGGUGAAGAGGGAAGAUGGGAAGGUGAAGAAGAAGAAUGAGAGGAAGAAGCCAAUGGUGAUGAGGAGUGGGAGUAUGGAUAGUGGGGGGUUUCUGUUGAAGAUGGUGUUUCCGAUUUCGUUGGGGUCGUAUAAGAAGAAUAAUAAGAUGGUGAAUAAGAAUAAGAAGAACAAGAGUGACUGUGUGGAAGAGGAAAGUACUAGUGACAAGCAGGUACCUCCCAGGCCUUGUGUGGAUAAAGAUUGGUGGAAGAAGAGAGUUUCUGCGUCGGGAGGAUCGGGGAGAAGUGAAAGCUGUGCUUCGAGUAUUAUUAGUGGAAGCAUCAAAAGUAGUAGUGGUAGUAGCAGUAGCAGUUGUAGCAGCAGAAGCAGUAGCAGGCGCAAGACUAGUGGCUGCUGGUCGUUCAUCGUGCUCAAGAAGAAGAGGCAGCAGGAUUGAACAAGUUUCCUUCUAAAACAUAUAGUUUGAGCAGCUGUUCAAAAGGUUGACUUAUUCGGGAAUCACCAGAUCCAUGCCUAUUUUCAACUCCCCGAUUUUGUGUCUGCGUGCGCUAGGUAUCC